GUUAAUCUGCUCCGGGGUGGAUUUCUUCUACGGGCCAAGAAUUCAACGAAAAAGCGACAACAGUUUGGUUUCAACUCUGAAUCGCAUGGGCAUCCGGGUAGAUCUGGGUGGUUUGAAAUGGCGCUAGAGGGAUGCACGUUUGGUCACAAUCUACUGUGGUAUGUUCCCAAAGACCCGAAUGGAUGGGAUCCUGGGUAGCCAUGUCUCAAAUGGUGAAGAUCCAGUACCACCUGCAGGGAGCACACACGGUAGUCAAAGGUAUAAAGUCGAGCACCACCUGGCUUGUCAUUUCCCAACCCCACUGCCAACUGCCCUCUGCCAUCGCUCUACAUUAGAUAUCCGUCUCUUUUCGCUGCGUCCAGAUGCGUUUGAAGAUCCCUCUUCUGGCUGUGGCCCUUGGCCUGAUCCCCAGUGCCGGGGCCGACUUUUAUAACUUUGAGGGGCAGGGAGUCCUCCGAGUGUCCUCGGCUGAUGGCAGGACCCUCCGCGGCUGUAUCGCCUCCAACGCUGAAUGGUCUGAUGGGAAUGCAUGUGGCGGGAUUCUUGCCAACGGAGGUGGCCUGGUGAGAUCUGAGCAUGGGCUCAUCGGUCUCAAUCACAGCGUAAUCGCCAUCAUCUACCAGGGCGCCACCACCUGGCAAGCAACCUCUUACAAUGAACUCGUGAGUCUGCCAAGAGACUUCUUUCCCAUGCACAGGCCAACGGGGAUUUCGCAGGCUCAACCUCAGUUCAUCGUGGCCAAUGAGGGCAAUCAGGAGUACGGGGGAGGGGGUCCCUUCUGGUAUGCUGCGAGGGCUCCCACGGGGACCGAGUCGGUGGCACUCAGUGCGAACAGUUCGGAGGGGGCUCAAAAUGUCACGUUGACCUGGAUUCGUGUCCUGUGAUUCGGCGAUCGAAUGGGGAUGGAGUUGUAUUUAGAACAAGUUCCCAUGCACGUGCAGCAUACCAUACCAUACCUCCCUCUGCAUGGAAUACUUUUCUGUGUUCCAGAUUCACCAUAAAUUGCAAUCCAUACACUUCAUGAUGCCAUAAAGCAUCGCGCAAUCGCGU